GAAGGAAAGAACAGCGAGAGGAGUGCUGGGAGGUGCUAGGAGGGGGUGAGAAAGAGGGAGAUACACGGGGAAGAAAAAGCCUCAGGAGAGAACCAAGGAGUGGGAAAUGUGGAGGGGAAACAGCCCCGGGGGGCACCCGGGGGCAGCCCCCGAGGGAACUGGUGGAGAACUGGGAGGACAGGGCAACUGGGGGCUGGAAGAUGCCCCUGGCCUGCUGGCCAGAGCUUCCCUGCCCAUCACGCCUGCGUGGCCAUUGCCCUUGGCCUCCUCAGCCCUCACCCUGCUCCUUGGAGCCCUCACUUCCCUUUUCCUCUGGUACUGUUACCGCCUGGGCUCCCAAGACAUGCAGGCUCUGGGAGCUGGGAGUCGGGCUGCCGGGGUCAGCAGAGGGCCUAGGGGAUGCUCUGAGGCCGCCAGGCUGGGCCCAGGGAGCUCUGGGGAGCCUGGAGAAGGGCCCAGGGCAGAAGGCCUAGUGUGCCGUCGCCUGCGGGCCUACGCCAGGCGCUACUCCUGGGCGGGCAUGGGUAGGGUGAGGCGGGCAGCUCAAGGUGGCCCAGGCCCUGGGGGAGGGCCAGAGGUCCUGGGCAUUCAGCGCCCAGGCCUGCUUUUUUUGCCAGACCUGCCCUCAGCCCCCUUCGUGCCCCGGGACGCCCAGCGGCAUGACGUGGAGCUCCUGGAGAGCAGCUUCCCUGCCAUUUUGCGGGACUUUGGGGCUGUGAGCUGGGACUUCUCAGGGACUACUCCUCUGCCUCGGGGCUGGUCCCAGCCCCUGGCCCCUGGGUGCUACCAGCUCCUGCUGUACCAAGCAGGCCGGUGCCAACCCAGCAACUGCCGCCGGUGCCCGGGGGCCUAUCGCGCACUGCGGGGGCUGCGGACCUUUAUGAGUGCCAACACCUUCGGCAACGCUGGCUUUUCUGUCCUCCUGCCUGGGGCGCGGCUUGAGGGUCGCUGUGGGCCCACCAACGCAAGGGUCAGAUGCCACCUGGGCCUGAAGAUUCCUCCUGGCUGUGAGCUGGUGGUCGGGGGCGAGCCCCAGUGCUGGGCUGAGGGACACUGUCUACUGGUGGACGACUCCUUCCUGCACACAGUGGCUCAUAAUGGCUCCCCAGAAGAUGGGCCUCGAGUGGUCUUCAUCGUGGACCUCUGGCACCCCAACGUGGCCGGGGCCGAGCGCCAGGCCCUUGACUUUGUCUUCGCACCAGACCCUUGAAGGAAGGGGCUCUCUUCAGACACCUGGGCUGGAGAGGUGCUGUGCUCGCUCAUGGAUGGCUUGGAGUGGUAGCCAGGACGGCCUCUAGGCUGCAGGGGGUCGGGGGAGGGCUGAGGGCGUGAACUGGCCAGCCUGCACUGAAAUGCAGAUUUGAUGGCCUCUCCUAGCUCUUGACUACCUGCUUCCAGCUACCCAGCCCAGUGA